AUGCUCUGGUUCUUCUUGCUCUUCUCCGUGGUGUUUUUGCGUGUCGAGGCGGCUGUGGUGCAGUACAACGUGGAGACGGUGGAUGCGGCAGCCGUUGCGGCGCUUCCUGCGGAUCACUGGGCGCAAUUCAACCAGGACGCCUUUCGUGAUGGAAACUGUUCGUUUGUUUCGUUAUUCGACGAUGCACCUUAUUUUGAGGCGAUCAAUAUCACGUCGCCUUUUUUCAGUCGUGAUGCGGUGGAAUGGUACGUGUCAUCAGAUGGGUUUCUUGCACCGACACCGUCGCCGAUGUGCGACUUCUUCUGCACAGAGGUUGCGCUAAACACGCUCUUUGGGAAUUACCAGUUCGGCGACACUGUGUAUGGCGGGGGUGGGGACUGGCCGAUGAUUGGGCUUUAUGUUGUGGACCUAAACCCCUCUGCGGCGCAGGUGUCGUGGAGUGUUCGUGUUCUUUCUGUACCUGGAGGUAAGGCAGGUGUCGAUCAUGUGAUUGUGGAGUACCGGGAUGUGCCGCUGACGCAAACCACAUCCGUGAAUGACACCUUAACGGCGCAGGUGGAAGUGUGGACGAAUGGCACUAUUGUGAUGCGGUACAAACAUACGCCCACUGGGGUCAAUGCCUCUGUUGGACUUGUGCUCUCGCGAGAGGAGCGUGUUGUUGUGGAUUUGGUGGCACAUACUGGUGGUGUUGCUGGUGUUCGGUAUGAGCCGGUGAUGGACAACUGCAGCAGUCUCGUGAAUGAGUCGGUGUGUCUGGGUAGGGAGGGAACGUGCGGGUGGUGUGCGGCUACGAAGAUGUGCGUGGCGACCGCACUAGCUAACAAAAGUUGCCCGCACAUCAGCUUUCGUACGCAGUCACCGCCUUUGGCGCUGGAUGACGACUACUACGAUGUUGUAGUGGAGCAGGGUGCUGAACUGGUAGACGUCCGUGCCUUGGGUGGCCGUGAACUGUUGAAUACAUCCGUUCAGGCGUUGAGGCUUGAGAUGGGGUUUGACUUUCCCUUUUAUACGGUGAACCAGACAUCCCACGUGACGAACACGACGUACCUUCUGUCAUCCGGUCUUAUAUCUGUGUUUUCGGCGUCGCAGGAGUGUGGGCCGAUAUGGAAUAUGUGCCCUAACGGCAACUACAGCUUUACCAUCAUGCCUUUUGUAGCGACGGAGCAAUGGGUGUCGAAAACGUCCGUCACAUACGCACUGCUUCCCGAACGCGUGCAAGGCGAUGUGCUUUGUAAGAAUGUGCGAUGCCCCCUGGGGCUGGUGAUUGAAGUGGCAAACACGACAGCCAUCGCUUCGCGCGUUCGUUCCUCUAAUUACCAGAUCUACCUGGAUGCGAGCGGCGCAGUCGAGUUCCGCUAUGGUCUCCCUGUUGCGGCCAGAAUUCCCACAGGCCCCGUGGUGGACUUCUUUUCGUUCCCGUCGCCGUUCGUUGGGCUCUUUCGGCACCGUGUGGAGGACCCUGCCACCAUCGCCGUUCCGUUGUCGCUGGUGCGCACUGGCACGCGAAUUCGAUUUGAUCCCAGGGGUAAGUGCAACGACUGUGGCCGAAACGGAGUGUGUGACUCCGUCACGUAUAAGUGCAGCUGUAACGAUGGGUUUACUGGGGAUUUCUGCGAGCAGUGCUCCGUGGACCAUUACGGCCCUAGAUGCCUGCCGUGCGGCGCCUGUGAGAACAAGGGGUUCUGCGACGACGGAGUGAACGGGACAGGGAGCUGUGUUUGUCCCAAACAGUUCAGUGGAAGGAAGUGCGAGGUGUCGUGUGAUGAGCCGUUUGACUGCACGGGCUGCAAUCUCCGCGGUGGGUACUGUGAGUGCGGUGUGUGCCGGUGCGAUACGGCAUCCGGGUGGGGCGGUCCUCACUGCGACGUUCUGCUGGACCCUUGCCGACAAUACUCAUUUGAUGGGUGCGAGGUGUGCAGCAACGACACGGCAAAUAAAUGCACCUUCUGCUUUGACAGCAUGUGCUACUCCGCCCUCCUCAAUGGAGGCGAGAACGAGUAUACAUGCUCCCACACGGUGCCGGGGGAAGAUGCGUCUCUCUGCGUCCCAGCCGUGCAGAAGGAGAUGUCGCAGGUGGAUCUGGAUUACAUCAUACUUUUUCUCCUUAUCGUCAGCGCAUUUGUGUGUUCUGUGCUGUUUGUGGUGUUCACACGUCUUGGUAUGCGGCGGUACAGUCUGUACGAUAUUCAUGCUGCCGGUGCCUCCGGGGGUGUACCUGACCACAAGCCUGGUCGUCGUGAGCGCGAGGUGGUACAGGCUGUCUUUGUGCAAAAGAACGCCCUGAAGGAUAAGGGACGACAUGUGCUUGGGGUUCCGUUGAAGCAAAUAUCGCUCCAGCGGCUGUACGAGAGCCAGCGCAAUGCCCAGUCGAAGCGAGACUAA